GCCGUCCGAAACGCUUGCAUAACAAUAAUACGAAACGCGCGCUACAGCUUUUGUGCACAAUUUUGGGAGAGAACAAAAUAUUCGACGUUUUCAAUCGAACAAAAUUUUAGAGUUAUUGUUACGUGCGUGUGACCCGAUUCACAUCAAAUCCGAGACAAUGAAAGGCUUUAUUACUGCAGGCCUUCUCCUGUCGAGUCUUCUGCUGGUUUCCUGCGAGGACGAUAAAUGGAAAUGGAAGGAUAAUAAACGUUCGAACGCGAGAUACGCGACCCACGAGGAAGAUGAGGAGUUGUUCAAUGAACCAGGUUUCUUAGGACCUAAUAGACCAGGUUUUGGAGGACCUCAGCCCGAUUACAGACCUCAGCCAGGAUUCAGACCGCAACCUGAUUUCAGACCUCAACCUGAUUUCAGACCACAGCCUGAUUUCAGACCUCAGCCUGGAUUCAUAGGAGAUAGACCUGACUAUGGAAAUGGCGGUUACGGAGGAGCAAUUCGUCCGCCAAUUGAUGAGUUUCCUUCGGGCGGACCUCAGCGUCCACCUGUCAGAAGGUUCGACACAUGCACGUGCACCGAGAAAUUCAAUUGUCAAAGCCCAGGACUCUCCUAUGGACAUUGCGACGUUGGAAAAUCGUAUUGCUGCUUUAAUAAACACGGUGGAUUGGACGUUGGGCCAGCGCCAAGCAAGAACACCCAUCAUCCGGAAAACGGUAUCCUUGUUGGUCCCGGUGCCGGUGGUAAACCAGGUUUCGGAAGACCCGGAAGACCGCAAAUAGGAUACGGCGGUAUUCGUGAACCAGGUUACAACGGAAUUCGCGAACCUGGUUUCGGAGGAAUCCGUGAGCCAGGAUACGGACACGGCGGAAUUGGUGGUCAAGGUUUAUUAGUUGGACCAGGAGGACCAACUGGUAUUAUCGGUAGACCUGGAUCAAGGCCUAGUUACUCUUUGAACAAUGGAUUAUUGGUGGGUCCAGGAGGACCACGCGAUGGACCGUACGGACCCAACUACUACAAGAAGAGUAGCAACUAGAGGAGAAAGACUGCCAACAUUAGUAUUUACAGUU